UCCGACACCGUUUGCUGCAUCUUUAAAUUGAAUAGCCCCGUGGAUAUAUUUGAAAUGCAACAAACUAACAUAGCUAUCGUUAUACCCCUGGGUACUAUUCAAGAAUUAACCCACUUGGGUGGUGAAUACGUAAUACCCGAUACCUGGGUCUUAAUCAGGGAGAUUGGUUUCAAUAUGCAGUGA